CACGGAAGCUGUACGAUGGCAAGCGCCUUAGAAGUGAUUCUGUUAGUGCUGGCUUGUGCCGUUGUCCGAGGGGACCCAUUUUUCGGCAAUAACUAUCAACUUCCUCAGGGAGCUGCUCUGUCGCGAUAUGCAUCCGAAGUCGUUACGAAUCUCAACAACGCUCGGAACUCGCUAUCUUCGUACGUGCGUUACCCUCCGACGGCUUCGCCAAGUUUGAACGAAGGAGCAAUCACGCUUAGGGAUUACGUUGGAAAUGUCAGUUUGUUGGCGGGAGGUGUGUAUUCGGAAGUGUCCAGAGCAGCCACGGAUCGCACAACGGCUCCGGUGGUAGUAUUUUCGAAGAUCAGAACCCGACUGAACGAUCUGCAGCCUUUGCUACAGAAUGGAUCGCUCUACGUGGACACUUUGGCAGCAAACUUCGAUUCCGAAGUGGACAAUAGCACGUCUUCCUACUUUGCCACGUGGCACGCGAAUCUACAGUCUGACAGCCUUCAUCUUUCGACACUUCUUCAGAACGUCAGUCAAGUGAUCGAUUCGGUUGCAGGACAGGGUCUCAACACUCAACAGUUCAUAGCGGCCCUAUCGGCUGACGGAUUACUGCAAGACUUGGUGGACGCAGUUCAACGAUCAUCUGCCUCUUCCGGCCAUCUGUCAUCCACUGUCAGCAGUUUAGUGGGUGCCAUUAACACGGCUAACAGUUUCCGGUCGACCGCUAACUCUCGAAUCCAGAGUGGUCGGUUAUCGGCAGUCUCAACUGUCAACAGUUACAUAGCCUCGUCGAACGCUUCAUUCAACUCGAUCCUCGUCGCGACAGACACGCUGUUCAACCAUCUGAAAACGAUCAACGAUUCGUUUGUGUUCCGCUGGCCGCUUCUGUUGAGCGAUCGCGUAGAACAGAAGCUUGACCUCCUGAACCGUUCGAUCGAGAAUCUGAUCGUAAAUCUACACUUCCGCCGAAACGUCGUCGAGACGCACUACCUGGUGACGCGUCUGGUGUUUGCGAACGAGAACGAACCUCAGGCAUACUUGGAAGGUGAAUCGGAACAACUCACGAGACGACUGGUCAACGUGAUUCAACCGGAUGGUUGUGCGUCCAAUUUCCGUACGCAAUUUUUGGGGCUUCCUUCAACAUCGCAGUCGCAACUCACGCAGUGCAUCAACAGCCAGCUGGGAUUGGAGCGACAGGGAGCCAGCCAAGUGCUAUCGAUUGCUAACAACUUUUUGAGGGGUUACGUCACCGCCGUCUACGAUAGCUUGGAGAUUUGCUACAGCCAUCCGUUCGAGAAGAUGAACGAUUGCUUGGAUGAUAUUGUCGAGACCAUAGACUUCGGAGGAAAGUUCUUUCUCUUGGACACGGUAACGUUCUAUCUGUUCGAACAGGUACAAGCCGAACUGAUAAACUGCCAUACUCGACUGCUGAAGUACGUGCAAAAUGUAGGAUUAAGGGCUAACUGCCAGUAACAGAUGUUUAUUCACUAACAACAACGUAACAGAAAUACAUGGUAACUAUAGUGUUCCGCGAAGUCAGAA